UAAUUUUUAUUUAAAGAAAAAGAAAUAACGAGAGAAGAAAAAAAAAAGAAAAAAAAAAAGAGAACAACCAAGCAGCGGGUGGUGCGAAGUCAAUCUCGUAGAACCUCACCUGUCGAUUACACACCAAAAACUUCCCACCAUCUUCACCCUCUCCCUCCGCGUAAUCUUCAUCUCCAAUUCUCCCUUUCAAUUCGAUUUCAACCGCUUCCGUCGAUCGAUUCAGAUCCUGAUCCGCCGUCCUUCUCAGCUAAUGGAGGCAGCUACUGGCGGCGGAACCACCGGCGGCGCUGGUCCGGCGCCGUUUCUCAUCAAGACCUACGAUAUGGUUGACGACUCAACCACCGAUGAGAUCGUGUCGUGGACCUCUUCGAAGAAGAGCUUUGUGGUCUGGAAUCCCCCUGAAUUCGCCCGCCUUCUUCUUCCCACGUUUUUCAAGCACAGCAACUUCUCCAGCUUCAUUCGGCAGCUUAAUACCUAUGGGUUUCGAAAGAUUGAUUCUGAGAAGUGGGAAUUUGCAAAUGAAGAUUUCAUAAAGGAUCAAAAGCAUCUGCUGAAAAACAUCCACCGUCGAAAACCAAUUCACAGUCACAGUAAUCCUCAAGGAUCUCAUGUAGAUCCAGAAAGAGCUGCUUUUGAAGAUGAAAUAGAGAGGCUAUCACGUGAAAAAACUACACUUGAAGCCAAUAUAUCAAGAUUCAAACAGCAAAAAUCGACUGCUAAACUUCAGUUGCAAGAUCUAACAGUGAAGGUGGAAAGCAUGGAAAAAAGACAGAAGAAUUUAUUGGCAUUUUUAGAAAAGGCUGUCCAGAACCCUUCUUUUGUUGAACAUCUUGCUCGAAGGGUCGAGUCUAUGGACUUUACAGCAUUUAAAAAGAAGAGACGACUGCCUUCGGCUGAUCUUUCACCGCUGGUCAUAGAAAAUAGUUUUUUAGAUAACCAUAGUAGUUCCAGAUCUGAGUCUGGUAAUAUUUUUCAUCAAGAUUUUUCACAUAAGCUGAGGUUAGAAACUUCAUGUGCAUCAGAUAUCAACUUAAUUUCACGUAGCACUCAGAGUUCAAAUGAAGAAGGGGGAAGUUCACAAAGACAUAUGUCAAAGCUUGAUACUAGAGCUGUCCAAGAAAAUCUUCAUUUUGUAGCUGAAACAUUAGAUCUCUCAGACACUGGAACAUCGUUUAUAUUGAAGAGGGAUUCAUCGUUGUCAGGGAAAUCGCCUAAUGACGAGAGUCCACAUCUACACUCAUUGCAACCAAGUGUUAGUUCCAAAGAAGAUGGAGAAAGUCACAUCUCAUGUCAAUUGAAUCUCACUCUAGCAUCGUCGUCCCUGCGAAUCAGUGACACUGCUUGUUCGGUUCGAAUGCCACAACUGGGUCAAAAUGCUCGAAAAUCCCCAGAUUCAAAAGUAAAUUCAAAUGGAAAAGAAUCAGAUGCGAGACUGUUCACUAAGAACAUAAAUCUUGACGAGAGGACUACUCUGAUUUGUCCUCAAGAGACCUCGAAUAAAAAUAAUGGACCUCCAGCCAAUGACGGUUUCUGGGAACAGUUCCUUACCGAAAGACCAGGUUGUCCCGAAAGUGAAGAGGCAAGUUCUAAUUACAGGGCAAAUUUAUACAAGGAGCCACAUGAUGGAAGAUCGGGCCUAUCUCUUUGACAAUAGAGGUAAUUUCAAAGCUUUUCUAACAGUUCAUAUAGGGUUUUCUGUUUCUAUGAUACAAUAAGUAGAGCCUGACUAGGAUUUGCAGUUACUUCCUAUAAUUGUUCUAUGAUUCUUCGGAGUCACUCAUACCCUGUUGCGAUGAGUUCUUCUUGGUACGUUGUAACCGUGUAUAAUGUUGUUCAUUCUUGGAUAAUUAGGUAGGUAAAUCUAUAACUUAUUAAAUACCUUAGCUUAGAGAUGACUUCACCACAACUUACCUUGAGUACUUCAUCUGUAUAUUGAUGGAAAUUUUGCUAAUAAACACACACAUAUGUGUCUAUGCUGAAUUGCUUUGCCAUUUUUCCAUUGGAGAGUGCAUUGUCUAUUCUAUUGAAUAAAUUGUCAUGGAGCCUAUGAAUCCACUUUAUUGGUCUGUCAUUGUUCGUUUCGUUUAGAUAUUUUUGCCGAGUGUUUGGGCUAGCUUGCACCCAUCACUUAAUCUAAUUAGUUAUCAAAUAAACUUAUUAAAUCUAAUUAGGUGUCAUUUCCUCUUUCUCUGUUUGCAUUCACUUUUAUUGACCACUUUGAAUAAAACAUACUACGACUUAGUUUUUAUUAUCAUUAUAUUUUUUAGAAACUACGACUAGGUUCUACACUUGAAAGUUGGAUAAGUAAUAUGUUUUUUAGUUGCUAGAAUGGGAGUCCUCAUGCUCAUUAAUUCGAUAAAUUAAGGCUACGUUUACACUGGUUGAAAAGUAAUCCAUCAAUCGUAAUAUAAAAAGUGGGUCCCGGUUGAUUACUUUUGUUGUUGUUUACCUGCUUUCCGUAAUUGUAAUGAGAUGUGGGUUCCGUCUUGAAAUUUGUAAUAAGAUCUUGUAAUUUGAUUGAAGAA